UCCACCUUCAUUUUCAACUUUUUCACAAGAGAUUGUUCACCCCCCGCUCUGCUCCUCGCUCCCGCUCGACAGGAAAACUCAAGCACCACACGUCGUUCACUGUUCACACACCGCCUCGCCAGACACGCUACCGGGAAAUAGCUUUCUCUCUCUCUGCUCGACCAGUCGACCACCACCUUUCUCUCUUUCUUCACAAAGACUACAAAUUGAUGGGAGUUUCUUUGUUGUGACUCGAGCACGUCUUAUUUUAUUAUCUUGAGGAGGGUAGUUGUUCUGUUCCUUUUGGUACAUUGAACCACUGCCAUUUUGCCUUCGCCACCUAAAUUGCAGUCACCAUCCCUUACACUUACGAAACUAUUCCCAUAGCCUCAACAUUUUCACUAUCAACAACACCACAUAGUAUUGAACAAAAUAAUUUUUUUGAAUUUUUUAUUAAACCAAAAUUUUCAUGGAAAUUCAACAUAUUGUUUCUGGAUUUUCUGCAAAAUUAUCAUCCGCACCAUCAAUUCCAAUUGGAAAACAACUUUUCUCUUUGAAAUUCCCUUCUUUGCUUUCUUCUUCAUACCCUUCUAUUCAAUCCCAGAAUUUUGAAGUUCCUAGUGGAGCUUUCUACCCUAUCAGCAUUGAAAAAAAAGACCGAUUUUAUAGUUCUAGGAGGAGAGUACGGUGUAGGAGUAGCAGUAAUACUGCAGAUCCAAACAAGGAGAAUGAGGUCAGGGCUCAGGUCGCGGGGAGGAGGAAAAAGCUGGCUGUGUUUGUGUCCGGCGGAGGGUCGAACUUUAAAUCAAUUCACGAGGCAUCCAAAAGGGGAUCACUUCAUGGAGAUGUCGUUGUAUUGGUUACGAAUAAAAGCGAGUGUGGAGGUGCCGAGUAUGCGAGAAAUCAUGGUAUACCAGUUAUAGUGUUCCCUAAAGCAAAGGCCGAAUCCGAUGGAUUGUCUCCAAAUGACCUUGUUGCUACACUUAGGAGAUUUGAGGUUGAUUUUAUUCUUUUAGCUGGAUACCUGAAACUUAUACCAGUGGAACUGACCCGAGCUUAUGAAAGAUCCAUAUUUAACAUCCAUCCAUCACUUCUUCCAGCUUUUGGAGGCAAGGGAUACUAUGGUAUGAAAGUACACAAAGCAGUCAUUGCUUCAGGCGCAAGGUUUUCGGGUCCCACAAUUCAUUUUGUGGAUGAACACUAUGAUACAGGGCGUAUCCUUGCCCAGCGUGUUGUCCCUGUGCUUGCUAAUGAUACUGCAGAAGAGUUGGCUGCAAGGGUUCUAAGAGAGGAGCACCAAUUAUAUGUUGAGGUGGCAGAGGCUUUAUGCGAAGACCGUAUAGUUUGGAGAAAAGAUGGUGUUCCCCUCAUCCAAAGCAAAGCAAAUCCUAAUGAGACUUAUUGAUUUAUCACUUAUAUGGGGAUUUUGGCCAUAGGUUUGCUCUCAAAUCUUCAUAUUUCCACCGAAUCAGUAGCUAAGAAAACAUAAGUAUCACGCAGGUGAACUCGGGUAUUCAUGUGGCACCCCCCUCUAAGAAUAUAAUAAGUAGAAAACCACAAUUUUGUCUCCUAACCUGUUCGUUAUAGACUUAUGUUAAUUUGCAUCUCGAAGACGUUAUGGUUUUAGCUACAAUGUGGUUGGUAGUACUCCACAUGUGGCAAAUGUUGUAAUUGCAUUGUGCUUAGGUCUAUCGACAUGAAACACGAUUUGUCGAAGUCAUCUCAUAUAAAGUGAGUAAAGUUUCUCCAUAGAGCAUCAAAUACCAAUCUUGGUCCCCAGACAUGUGCAUUAUCAUCUUGAAUAAGUAUUGUGGAGUGUUCCUAAAUGUAUUGGUCCUCCUUAAAGAAAGUGACUAAAGUCUUCCCUUGGUUUAGUAGCAGUCUUGAUCCCCCUCCACCUGUGCAUUCUCAAAUUGCACAAGUAUUGUGGAGUGUUUGCGCGCGUGAGACUUUUAAUAAUAUAACAUUAUAACUUUGUGUAUGUUUUUUGGUUGGUAACCAUGUUAUUUAUGUGAACUACGUCAACUUUGCCGAUGA